AGCCAUUUCGGCGCAGCCAUAUCGCAAGUUUGAAACACCUUUGCGCGCAGCAAUCAUGUUGCCCAUCAGGCCCUCCAUACUGGCCGCGCUGCUGUGGCAGUGCUUGGCCGUUUCCAGCAUCGAGACCCACCGCAGGCAAGCUUCCCCAGUUCAGGCCGUCGUCGAGGGCGACGCCAGCGUGGAGUUUGAGAAGCCGCUCUCGAGCGAGCCAGUGCAGCCAAAGCAUGCACAUACAAGCCAUGCCAAGCACCACAAGCACCACCAUCACAAGCAUCACAAGAGCCACAAGAUCUCAGACCUGCCGAAGGAGGAGUCGACGAAGGAGCUCCAUGCCAAAGACAAGGUCAAGCCCGGCAUGCUGAUGCGCUCAGAGCCUGCCAUGGCAGGGGGAGGGGUCGAGGCUGCGGAAUCCGCGGCGUCCGAUAUGGACUCCGACUCCAUGGACACUGAGUCAAAGGCUUCGCAGAAGGUUCAAGGAACGGAAGAACAAGCUGCAGAGUCAGGCGCUGAAGUCGCGGAUCAGGCAGCCGACCAGGAAAUGACCGGCCAAGGCGCUGAGCAGGAAAGCAGCCUUGAAACUGGGACCGAAAGCGAGGAUAUGCAGCUGAACAUGGGCGGUGCACAAGCCUGCGUGGGGACGUUGCUUGAGAAGUGCCCCACUGACAAGACAGAUGCGUGCAAGACACAGGACGCAGGCACUUGCGUCAAUGUUUUCCACAAGUGCACAUCCGACAAGAUGGUCCAAUGUGCUGUGAGAAAGGGCAAGUGCGCCUCUGGUGGCGCCACGUGCUACCUGCCCUGCACCGGCGUAGAGCUUCAUGGCUCCUCUUGCGCAGCGCAGCCGGUGGAUAACUGCAAUGGCGGCUACAUCACGGACGGAUCCUCUGGGAUGUCGUGCAUGGUUUCGACACAGGACAUCUCAAAGUGCGCGAAUGCUGGCACCUGCGCACUGGCCAAAUCCUGAAGCUUGACGCAGCGCAGACUUACAUCACUCGCCAGAAGCAAAGAGGAAAACUGGGUUCAGCCGCACAACAGGCUUGCAGCGCCCUAUCCGGCCAAUUCGGUAUGUCACGGGACACUUCUCAUUUGUACCGAGGAUUUGAGC